AUGGCAUCACCAAGACCGGUUAGUCCGCGUUUUGAUCAUAGUGAUAGCGAUGAAGACGAAGAAAGUCAACGUGUCCAUGGUGAUCAUCAAGUCGAUGAAUCGCAUUUCGACACCAUCGACGAACCAGUAUCGCAAACACUCCUAAGAGAUCUGAAAUCCAUUGGCCAAAAAUUUCUCCACGUCUUUUACGUCAAGCAGAAAAUUUCCCUCUUGCGAAAUUGGGACUUAUGGGGACCUUUAAUCUUAUGUGGGGCUAUGGCGUUGCUGUUACAAGGUAACAAAGCUGAUAACGUUAACGAUGGAGGACCACAAUUUGCUGAAGUAUUUGUCAUCUUUUGGUGUGGAGCUGGAAUUGUAACUAUCAACAGUCAAUUACUUGGUGGGAGAAUAUCAUUAUUUCAAAGUCUGUGCGUAUUAGGUUAUUGUAUGUUUCCUCUUGUACUAGCACUGAUUGGCUGUCGAAUUGUACUUAUGCUUCCACAUACAAGUGGAUUGUUUGUUCUUCGAUUUUGCUUAGUCAUUUUGGGAUUUUGCUGGUCAACAUUUGCAUCAACGGCAUUUCUAGCUGACACACAGCUAUCCGAUAGAAAAGCAUUGGCUAUCUAUCCAAUCUUUUUAUUUUACUUCGUCAUGGCUUGGCUAGUAAUCUCUCAUACCUAG